CAUAACAGCAAACAGUCAGCCAUCAUGACUUACAGCUCAAUAUUCAUAGCAUUAUUUGCUUUUGUUUAUCAAUGUGUUGGCCAUACGGUAGAUCCAGAGAUCACGACCCGUCUUGGCAAAAUUAUUGGGACUAAAAUGGUUACACAAAACGGUAGGAAUAUUAAUGCGUUCUUAGGAAUUCCUUAUGCCCAACCGCCAAUUGGACUUCUCAGAUUCAGUAAUCCAUUACCGAUGACAUCUUGGAAUGGAACACUUUUAGCUAAGACAGAACCACCAGCCUGCCCACAGCUUCUAGAUAACGGCACCGUUAUUGGUGUAGAAGACUGCUUAUUUAUAAACGUAUAUACACCAAAGCUAGGUGCUGAUACUUUGCUGCCAACUAUGGUUUAUAUUCAUGGAGGAGCUUUUCAAAGAGGACAUGCUAGUUCCACCUACAUUGGUCCAGGUUUCAUUUUAGAUAAAGACGUUGUUCUAGUCACCCUCCAAUAUCGUCUAGGGGUGCUUGGAUUUCUCAGCACAGGUAAUUCUGCAGCUCCCGGUAAUUUUGGAUUAAAGGAUCAAGCUCUUGCAUUACGGUGGGUGCAAGAUAACAUCAAGAGCUUUGGCGGAAAUCCAGGAAAUGUAACACUCUUCGGUCAGAGCUCGGGUAGUGUUAGUGUUAAUUUUCAUGUUUUGUCCAAGGCGUCAAGAGGAUUAUUCCAUCGAUACAUAGCUCAGAGUGGAGUUGCAUUAUGCCCCUGGGCACAUGUAAAUCCAACCUUUUCCAGAAAAUAUGCUUACGCUCUUGGACAGGAGUUUGGAUGCUCGAAUGUAACUUCGGACAGUUUGGUUAAAUGUUUGAGACAUAUAGACCAUGAGAAACUUAUAACUACUACGGACAUAUACUCGGGUGUUCAGAAAUUUAUACCAAUGGUCUGGAUACCCACGACAGAACCAAAUGUCGACGGAGCUUUUCUUACAGAGCAUCCUCUUAAAACUAUUCUAGGUAGCCGAAUGCAAGAUCUACCCAACAUAAGUGGUGCUGUCAAAAAUGAAGGACUCAUCGUUACAACAAAGUUUUACGUUGAUGAAAAAUUAUAUAAUUCAGCAUUAUCAAAUGUGACAGAGUUUCUGAGCUUCAUGGCAUCAGCUGUGCUAUCUAAGAAUGAUUCGAAUUCUUUAGGAAGUAAUUUAGAAAAGUAUUACUUCUAUGACGUUGAUACAUCUGAUCGUACUCAAGUAUUGUCUGUGAUAACAGACUUGAUCUCUGAUUUUUCCUUCUUAUUUCCACAAGUUUUACAACUUCAAUUGAUAAGCCAGAGGACAAAGAGUUCUUGUUACUUUUAUAGCUUUGAGUAUCGAGGAACAUUCAGUAAAACUUCCAGCAUUCUGCAUUCAAACAAAAACAUUGGUGUCACUCAUGGUGAUGACUUGAUCUAUUUAUUCCCAUCAUCUCCAGCAGAAUAUGACUUUCUAAACCUUACUAUGAGUGAUGAAGAUAAAAAAAUGGUUAAUAUUAUGGUCGAUUUGUGGACUAAUUUUGCAAUUCAUGGGGUUCCCAAAACGAGUUAUCAUAAAGACCCUGAUCAAUGGAAACCAUAUUCACAUAAUAGCUAUCAUCUAAGAAUAGGUUCUGGGGAUAAAGCUACAUUAACAGGUCAAACUCAUUAUCAUGACUCUAGUAUGCAUUUUUGGGCUAUACAAACUCUCAAGUUAUUAAUUUGGUCAAAUAGUAUGAGUAUUUGACGAAUUUGGGCUAGAAAAUUAAACUUAAGUAAUCACAUAAUAAAGGUGUUUUUAAUUUA